AUGAGGCGAGUAGCCGGAGUUCACAUGCGGGCAUCUCGCCAUCGAAUAGUUGCACUCACCAAUCAAGAGGGACGGCGACUGGCUCCUUCCCUCAAAACAUUCUCAGAUCCGCAUAUAGAAGAGGACAGCCAAGUGACAGCACGACCAAAAUCAGUGCCAUCACAUCCGGCACUAAAAAGAUCAUCAUCACAGCCACCGAUGCGCCAAAGGCACCAACUCGCCGCUUUAAAAAUGACCAUGAAAAUGAUAAAUCUGUUGAGAUAUAUGACACGUAGUAUGUUGUACAAUGGAUGA